AUGGAAACUGUCUUUUUCCCCUGGUUUUGUACAGAAUUAGGCAUGAAUGGGAUUGUACCACAUCCAAAAGAUUGCCUUAAUUUCUUUAAUCAGAAUUUAAACUGUAUCGUUCUCUAUGGACCAGCAGCGCAGUUGGAAAGCUGUAUUUUAAAACCUGCUGUUCCUGAGUUCCCUGAAUGUGGAGAUGGAUGUGAGGAGAAG